AUGACCGUUAGGAGGACCUGCCUAGCUCCCGGCUACCCAACUCCCGAUUCCCCUCAGUGCCGAAGACGCUCGGCUAUCUCCGUCGUUUUCCGACGCGCCCCUUCCCUCCUCCUCUCCCCCCCCUCCCGCCUCUCGCCCGCCCGCCCUCGCUCCGUCUGCCUGACCCAGGAAUCUCAGCGGAGACUGAGGAGAGAGAGGGAGGGAGGGAAGCAAAGGCAGGAGCCGCCGCCGCGGGGGCUGGAAGAUGGCGGUUGGGAUGGGGAGGAGGAGGCGGAGGCGGCAGCAGCAGCAGGCACGGGGCUGUGGGAAAAGGCAGCGGGGCUCUUCGCGCAGGCGAGGCUGAGGGAAACGCCGCCGCCGCCGCCGCGUCCCCGGGAAGCUCCUCUCUCUCCGCCGCCGCAGCCGCCGCUUGGUGCCGGUUCGCCUCCUCCCGACUCGCCGCUUCCCCGCCGGCGUGAGAUGGACGUCGGCGCCGCCGCGCUUCCCCCGCCGACGGAGCCUCGUCGUCCUCGCCUUGAGGCUCCGCCGCGGUCCUGA